GUUUACCUUGCGUCGGUCAUUUCGGGGUAGAGGUGUUGCAGCAUAACCAUACUUCACUUUGUCUUGACUUUCCCAGCCUUAAUUACCUGCUUCCCAGCUCGGCAUCCAGAUGCAGCAAGACUUGGUAGAGUCUGGAUUUCACUCACGAUGUCGGAUCAUCAGGAAGAGGAAAAAGCCGAUGUCAUGUACAACAAGAAUCCAAGGGGCAGGAUUAAGCAGCUGAGGCAGCAAUGGAUAGACCGAGACGGCCGUAUCAAACUGUCGCUCCAGGAGUUUGAGCAGCAAAAGCAAGACGACAACAAAGGCAUCAUCAAGAGCCGCGAAGUCGUCGACCGAAACCUCAAGGAAUCUUACGAUAGCCUCCUCGAAGUUGUCAAAGCCCUCCUCCAGCUUGACGAUGGCAGGACCAAGUUGAGCCGCACUGAUGCGUCCGUCUUACAGACCCUAGACAAGUGCAUCGCUGAGUUCGAGGAGUCCGCCAAGUUUUCUGGAAAGCAGAUUGAUGCUCUCGGUGCAUUAGCCAAGGGUUGUAUGAUCAAGGGUGACGAGACGAGCGUCCUUUGCAAACAAGCAGCUUCGUGGGUAAAGCGGCUCCAAAUAGAGAAGGAGGGCGUGUUGGCCCAUAGGGAGACGCUCUGCGAGAUGAUGGAGAGCUGUCAGCGGCAGAUCGUGCACUGCUACAGUGCUAAAGCUCGAGAAAUACAGAUGAAUAGGACAGUCAUGGACUCCAUCCUGGACUCGCUACACGACGUAGGUUUGGCCGACCGGCUUACAAGCCAAGAGGAGCAGAGCGCCUUCCAGCGGGAGAUGGCACGUAAGAUACGCGAGCCCCGCAAGGCGCUGAAGAAGCACGAUAACAACCGCGAGAAUUGCGGCAAGCUCGUGCGCUUCAUCACGAGCAUUCAGUCCGAGGUCCAGAGCGCCCAGCCCCAGAUCGAUACCGCCUCCAAGGGAUUCUACACUGAGUGCGAGCGCAUGGUAGCGGCGAGCAAGAGCGUGAGCAGGAUAUGGACCGGGCUUAUCCGCGUCAAGGACAAUAUCUGUGCACCCAACUUCAGGACGACACGAGAUAACAGCCUCAGGGCCGUGUUGCAGUUGCUCAAGGACGAUGACACGCGCGUUGAGGGGAGCUAUCCGCGCGCGAGGGAGGUUGAGGAAGAGAUUUACAGGGAAAUUGAUGGAAAGUUGGGAGCUGGGGCGGUGGACAAGUUGAAAGCGCCCAUCAAGGUAGAGUUGUCCAAGUUCUCCGUGGAGUGGUAG